GUUAUGUUUAUUACCGGUUAAGUACGACGACGUUACGUCAAGGUGGACACGGAAGGAUGAGCAUUUGCGAUAAUGGCAUGUGAACAGUCGAACAGUGGAGAAGCGUCGGGCAACAUGUGGCUCUUCAUAUCGCGCCUCCUGCGCUCCAACAGCCUCAACGACCAGGGGCAGGACAUGGAGGCUUCGCAGGUCGAACGGGGCAGGAAGGCAUCAAUUGUUCCACAGAAGAAAUCAAAGACUUAUUUGUAUCGGUACUGCCAGAUAUUCUUAGCGGAAUUCAUAGCUACAGCAUUCUUGAUGGUGAUGGUGUGUCUUGGAUGCUUGAAACUUAAUUCUGACACUAUACCACCACUUCAGUCAUCACUUGCAUCUGGCUUUGCUGUUGCCACUCUAGUUCAGAUGUUCGGUCAUAUAUCGGAUUGCCAUAUGAAUCCAGCUGUUACAGCUUUGUUCUUUUCCUUGGGUAAAAUAGAUAUUAUUACCUCUAUGAUUUAUGUUUUUGCUGAAUUGACUGGUUCAACAGCUGGUUAUGGAAUUUUAUGGGCCUUAACUCCUACAGAUAUCAAGGAUCUUAAUCCUGGGCAUUGUGAGACUGUUGUACAUUCCUCUCUAAACAGUAUGACUGCUGCUGCGAUUGAACUUAUAAUUUCUUCGAUGUUGAUGUUUAUGAUUUGUGCUUGUCUCGAUCAACGCAAUACCCACAAGCAGGAUUCUGUACCAAUCAAAUUUGGACUCACGAUUGCAACAGUAGGGCUAUGUGCUGGUAAUUUAACUGGAGCGAGUAUGAAUCCAGCUAGAUCUUUUGGACCUGCUUUAUGGCACACUCAGUGGGCUAAUCAUUGGAUUUACUGGGUAUCUCCAAUCAUUGCAGGAUUCUUUAUACCAAAAGUAUACCAAUAUUUCUUUCAAAAAGACUUAACUGUGAAGUCAAUUAAUUAAUUAAUUUCUGAAUUGUAACAAAUAAUUAUACAGUAGAAUCCCGCAUUUGUUCAAGUUGGAAACAGCUCCAAUGUUAAUGUAAAACAUCGACUACUCAUGGUGUUUCCGGUAUUCCAAUCUAAAAAUCAAUUUAAUUUAAUCAUGUAUUAUUGAAUAGGAGACCCUACCCUCCAUGAGUUGCAGUACCACAGUUUUUUUUUAUGGAUACAAUAUUAAAUACUCUAAUUUUAAUGUAUGAUAAUCAUCAAUCAUAAAACAUAAAGAGUUGACAGUUCAAUAUUUAAUGUUAUUCAACUUUUUCUUUUUUAUGUUAGUGAAAAAAAUAUUUUGGUUUGAAUAAUUUUUUCUUACUGUAGCGGUAAUAUGGAAACUAGUCAACUCUGAUAAAAUUUAUUUAUUUAUUUCUUGCCAAUGUUUAAGCGAGAGUCUACUGUAUUUAAAUGUGUUUUAGUAAUAAGUGCCUUGUAUGGUCGAUAUUAUAAAUUUUAUUUUAUUGUUGAUUUGUCGUUAUGGCGCAAAGUUAAACGAUUUUAAUCAGACGUUCUUCAGAAUUAUUCUGAAUGUUGUAAAGCAUCUCUAACCAUAUCUGCUUCCGAAAACAACUUUUAAAAUGUUAAUAUCCAUUAUUGGUAAAAACUAAAUUAUAGACACUAUUAGUCAGGAACAUUUAAGUUCUCUUAAUGUUAUUUUAGUUAUUAAGGAAAGAGUCAUUCCUUUAGUUUAAAUAUGUGAUGUUACAACAUAGAGAAUAUAAUUUCCUCCUUAUUUUUUUAAUUGCUAUGAACUAAGCAUCCACUAGACAAUGACCAUGGAACUUAACUGUUUCAUAAUUUUUUUAUGAUUUACUAUAAAACCUUAACUGACAUAGGUAAAGGAGGGAGGGCUUUGCAAACUUAUUGUAAUCAAUUUAUUAUAAUAAAUGGUUUAAAACAUUUUAAAUUUAUAUAUAUAUAUAUAAAUUCAGCUCAUAAAAGUUCUUCACACCCAAGUUACUUAGCUUGACGAUAAAUGUAAAAAAUGUUAUAUGCAUUUUUAAAUUAGCACAACUCAUUCACUUCUUCAAAAAAACAAAUUAGUAUUUGUUUCUAGCAGUAAUUAGUGUUCCAUUGUUUCGCACUGAAGGCAGUGGAAAUUUAUAACAUAUUAUUACAAAAACUUCUGAAAAGCUCUACCUUCCCUCCCUCUACAGUUGGUUUAUUGGAAAUAUGGGUUAUCCAAUGUCUGUUUGAGGUUUUACUGUAAAAUUAAGUAUGAUUUAAUUAUUAUAAUAUAUAAGUAUUAUAAUUAGUAAAAUAAGUACAUAACUUUUAUCUCUGAAAGUCCUAAUCCUCUUUUGGGUGUUCACUAAUCAUGGGCCUCCUUGGCUGAAAUAUUUUUGUAUUAGCAUAGAAUUAAUCUAGAAAUAUGUGUAUUAAAUUGUGUGAUAUUAAAUGUGAAUUACAUUUUAAACUUUAAUGCUAAAUAAUGAGCUCUGUACCACUCAAAAGUGGGUUUUUCUGUGAUUAUAAUCCCCCAAUAUACAAUGUUAAUGUUUUUAGUUAAGAUUUUAAAUUAAGAUGAUGGAUAUAUAAAAAUAUAUUGUUUCUUGUGAGAAUCAUAUUUUUCUUAUAUGACCAAAUUUGAAAUUAUUUUCUUAAUAGAAAAAUGUUCUAUAUUUUUAUUAUUGAUUACAAAGUAUAUUUAUGUACUUAUAAGAUAGUUGUUGAUAAUAUUUGAUGUGCAUUGAAUGAUAUUAAGUUGUAUAAAGCAUUAUUUGUACACAUGUAAAUAUGUAACUAUAAAUGUAUUAGUUUUAAUUACUUUAGAUAGUAUGGUUUGAAAUGGUUACAGUUGUUAGUUAUUGUAGUUAAGUCAAUAUUUUUUAUAUAUAUUUAUUUACCUCUAUAAUAUAUUUAAUUUUUUACAGCUGUUGAUUCCCUGAUUUUUUUUUUUAAUAUUCUGUUUAAAUGCUGUUCAAACUAGUACAUUAUUGUUAUCUGCCUAUUGAAAUAAACAAUCAUAAAUUAUGAAUAGUUUUAUAUUUUCUGAAGAAUCUUUCUGAUUCUAAACUUCAGAAACAACAAAUAAUAUUUUCGCUUAAAUC